AUGCCGCCUCAUGCGAGCACAAGCACUGUCCAGUCGGCUACAUCUGCCACGACCAGUUUACCAGCGGAGCCCGCUGUGUACGAGAACGGGAGUCCUGCGCCACCAAGAUCUGCGCCCCGGGAGAGGAUUGUUACGAAGAGGAAGAUGGUGCAAUUUGCAUUCAGAAUUACGUCGCUGAGGGAUCAGUCAAUACAGAGGUCAAGGCCGGCAAGUGUCCGGCCAUCCAGCCGGGCUCGUACCGGGGUGACUGCAAGGACACGUGCAAGUAUGACUCCGAGUGUCCCAAACAGCAGCGCUGCUGCAACAACGGCUGCGCCAACGCCUGCCUCGAUCCCGACUUCAGGAAGUCAUGCGACGACGUUAACUGUCCGGACGGCUACGCCUGCCUCGAUAAGGACAAGCUGAAGGAUGCCUUCUGUGUCAAUACUACCCAGAAGGACGGUCGGUGCCCGGCGGCGGACUUCUGGAACCCGCGGACCCGCAGCUGCGAGGACCAGUGCGUGUACGACUUCCAGUGCUCCGGUGACGAGCGGUGCUGCAACAACGGCUGCGCGAGCGUCUGCGCACCGCCCGACCUGCGUAAACGCUGCGAGGACCGUGACUGCGAGGAGGGAUACUCCUGCGUCGACGACGGCGUCAGUGACGCGCAGUGCGUUAGCACAGCGCCGCGGCCGGGCCGCUGUCCGGUGGUGGCCCCCAGGGUGCGCUGUCCGGCGGACAGCAGCGACCAGUGCGAGUACGACGAGCAGUGUCCGGAGGGACUCAGGUGCUGCAAUGCCGACGGCUGCGGCAACCGCUGCAUGCCGGCCGACCUGCGCAAGCUCUGCGCCGACCUGACCUGCUCCGAGGGCACCGCGUGCGUCAGCAGCAUCGCCGGCGACGCCCAGUGCUUAUCGACGGCCGAGAAGCCUGGCCUCUGCCCGAGGGUCUCCAGCGACACGCUGCCCCGCGGCGGCUGCAGGAGCUCGUGCCAGUACGACUCGCAGUGCCUUAACGAUUCCAAGUGCUGCUCCAACGGCUGCGCCAGCGUGUGCCGCAGGCCGCGCGCGCCCGACUGCGACACCAUCAAGUGUCGUGUUGGCUUCCGGUGCACCGAAGACCGCGAGGGCAAGCCCUCCUGCACGGCUAUACCCUGCAAGCAGGACGGGGAUAUCAUAGACAUCGAAUGCAACAGCUGCACCUGCAUCAACAAGUUCCUGCUGUGCUCGCAGGAAGAGUGUCCCCCGGUUAAGCCCGGAUUCUGCCCAAAGCUCACCAAAGGAUACAAGGGCAAAUGUGUCGAAGAGUGCACCAGCGACUACGACUGUGAAUCCGACAGCAAGUGCUGUAACACGGGCUGUGGUCAUACCUGUCAGAACUCAGUGCCGGAGGUCGUGCAUCCGUGCCGGACGGUGCGGUUCCGCUGCGGGGAUGAGACCCGGUGCGCGGCAACGCGCGGCCUCUGCCAACCGGGCAAGACGUGCCCUCUCUCGCCACUCUGCGUGAGCCGGACCGCGCCAUUCUGCGAGAGCUGUCCUCCGGGCAAGGUGUGCGUGCUGCAGAAGCAGGCGUGCCCCAGCGGCGGCUGCUACCGACAGCCCAUCUGCGUCCAGCUGUACAGUGACGACACGAUAUUCGAAGAGGAUGAAGAGCUCGAGCUGGCUGUAGUGGCCAAGCAAAACCCCAAGAAGUUCUUCUGAUUUGGCAUCCGCUGAAGCGACGACAUAGCAGAAGACGACGAAGUUUAUUUAUUGAUAGCGAGUGUUUUGGCGGUGUGCGGUGUCAAUGACACGGUUGAAUUAUGAGCUCUCCCGUAGACUGUUGGAUACUGGGCUUUUCGGCUGACUUAGCUUUCUCUGACCUUUGGUCAUCGCGCCUGAAUUUACUUUAGUGACGACAGUCCUGCGCCGAAACCUGGUGGUGCUUCAUUUUACGCCUUCAUAGCCGUUUAGAAUCUGGUUCUUUUGCCCAUUGGGCAACGCAGCACUGUUUUCUUUUAUCGGGCAUUGCCAUCGUGGAGACCGAGAGGAAUGCCUGCAAUCGAGGCGGCAAAGUAUUCGCACGAGAGAGUAUGGAAUAAGCUAGCAUAUUAAGGGAAACAUAUUUUAGCUGCUUUGUGAUACGUCAAAAGUCACUAUAGUGAUAUCGUGUGCACUGACUAUUUCUAAUGCCCGCUUGCCGGCGCACUAGAAUGUCAUCCACCGAACAUGUUACCAUUUAAAAAACGUGUUACAAUGCGUGCAUAUAUUUAUCAAUAUCUAGCUCUGGUCACAGCAUAGUGUUUAUAUGUGAAUGUCGCGGCACGGGAGAAUACGCCGAGGAAAAAAGUGAACAAAAGGGAGGCUGUCUUAAGAGUAAUUUUCAAUAUAGUUUUGCAAUAA